AUGGCUUCCCGACCUACAACCCCCGAGGCCAUCACGCCUCGUCCCCAGGCUCCCACGACCCCCAUCCGCACAGGCAAUCGUGCACUCAGUCCCCCCUCCAAAUCGCCCAUCGCCACUCCUCCUCCCCACUCUCCCAUUCCCUACCUCCCCUGGCGAGACCAAAUAACUUGGGACCACCUACUUCACUCGGCACCCAUCGUCGACAACUUUGACGACGAAUCCGACAUCGAGACGCUCGCGCCGCAGACUCCACCAGACAAGAUCCUCCUCUCCAAAGAGCGUCAAGCAAUCCUAAACCAACGACUUCAAGCCGGGCACGGCACUCAUCGUAUCCAUUAUAUCGUGUACGACGAUUAUGUAGCCGACGUCCACGGCAACAAGAUCCCGGACUCGCAUAUGAUUUUGGUGACGGGUGAUCCCAGGCAGAACGGAGGUAUACCUUCCUUUGACGGCGUGGAUGUAGAGGAGGGAAUGGUCGUUGAGAAACGGGAUGGGUUUUGGGGGGUGUAUGAGGUUGAUUGGGAUGACGAUGAGGAAGAAGAGGAGAUGCCAGUUGAGCAACAAAUUUACCAAGUCUUUCUCGAAGGGGCGGGUGGUGAUCACGAAGAGGCUUGGGAUGUUUAUCAGCGAUUUCAGGCGCACAAGGAACGACAGGCACGAAAGGGACGAAUCUACCAAGUUAUGUUGGAGGAGUUGGAGGGAAAUGAGGCGCUGGCGCGGGAAGUACAUGCGCGCUGGUGCGAGGAGGAAGAGCAGCGGGAAAAUUCCGAAGAUGAAGGGGAAGAGGGGAGGGAUGAUGAGCAGCAGGACGUAUUUGCCCGUGCUACGAUGUGGGCGAGGGCAUUCAGAAAGGGGUACGAGAUGCGCAACGCGUCCCUCCAAAAGUCGCCGACGAAGUCUGUAUCGUCAUCUGACGUACAGUUGCGCGACUCGUCAAUCCUCCAGAAGUCGCCGACGAAGUCCGUAUCGUCUGAUGUUCCCGAGGACAGCAAUCAGUCAAGCGAGUCGAAGCAAGAGCCAGACGUCUACGAUUGUUUGGGCGAAUGGGCGGUGCUCUCGAAUGGGGAGGGCCCCCGAAGAAAGACAGCCAGCAACAGCAUGUGCGAGGGCACCGACAGCUUGAUCGAUACCUCGAUAGAGCAGGACCAAGACGUCUACGACUGUCUCGACGAAUGGGCCAGAAGCCUGGAGCAGGACACCAAGCACGCUUCUUUCUUCAACGAGGCCUCCAGAUUGGUAGACAACAAAGACAGCGGCAAGCUCAUCGAUAUCGCAACAAAGACGGCCGAUGUGUACGAGUGUCUUGGCUUCACAGAUAUCGACGACAACGGCAAAGUAUCCAACGAGACCAUCGCAACGGAGAAUUUGAUAGUCGCCUCCGUGUGCAAAGCUUGGAAGUGCCAUAGAAAUCCUGAUGAGCCGUGAUUGUGGGAGAAUAAGAACCUGGAAACUGUAAAAGGGACAAUCAGGAAACUUGAUCUCAUCCUUCAUCCCGCUUCUUGGUGUCGAAGUUGCCUCCAAAGUGAAGCCGUGAUGUGAAUGCUCCCGAUGCUGUCUUUGCCAUGAUGGCCAGUGAUGCUUGGGGUUUUGCCAGUGAUUUU